AUGUCUUCGGGAGACAAGAAAGCGGUGGUGAAGAACGCGGACAUGUCUGAGGAGAUGCAAGACGACGCCGUGAACACAGCGUUGCAGGCGUUGGACAAAUACAACAUCGAGAAAGACAUCGCCGCUUACAUCAAGAAGGAGUUCGACAAGAAGUACAACCCGACCUGGCAUUGCAUCGUCGGCCGCAACUUCGGCUCAUACGUGACCCACGAGACCAAACACUUCAUCUACUUCUACUUGGGUCAGGUCGCGAUCCUCCUCUUCAAGUCCGGUUGA